AUGGGAACUGAAUCUGAGGAAGAAAUAUUUGAGGCUGUAAGAGAAGUAGAGGAGGCCGCAAAGGUGCCGCAGAAAAAAGCAAGAAAAACUAAGUCUACCGCAGAUAAGUCGCAAACUGAACAUAAAAGAGACAAACUUAUAGAGCUAUCGAGGGACGGUAUAAUAGAGAAGUCCGCAAGUUUUAUAAGAAAGUCUAACAAGGAUGUUGUAGAUAGACUGUACCAUGAGUAUGAAAGUCAAAGGAUGUCAUGUGCAAGUGACUUCUUAUCAACGCUUAUUAUUUCAAAGUUUGCUGCGGUACUUGGAAGUUUUGGUGCAGUGGAAUCUUCAGAGAAACUGUCAGAGGAACUACUUAGUGACAAGCUUCUGAAGGAUGACGUACUAUAUCUAACCAGAACGAUAUCCCCCAACAUCCCAUUCAUAGGGCUCAUAUCUGGUGGCUGUACAACAGCUAAACAUGUAGUUGCCCAUAAGUGGAAUAAGAAGGAGGAACCUGAGGAAGUGUCCGAGGAAGCUAAACAUCUGAUAUUACAUACAGAAUGUCAAACUCCGGAGAACCAAUCGAGUGGGGAGGAACAGAAUUCGAAGACAUAA